CAAGGAAACAAUAUUUUUUUGCUGCCCGUAAAUGAGGACAACAGGAGGGUUAAACUUCUACUUUUUUCUGUGAUUCUACUUUAUAUUAUUUGCAAUAUAACAAACAGGGAAAAUCUAUAAAAUAACAAUUACCAUUAGAAACUGUUCAAAGAAAGUUCAUUUUUAUUAUCCUUGUGUCGAUUCAAAUACAUCUUUAGUCAAUUAUUUAGAUUCUUCCAGAAAAAAAAGUAGAAUUGCUUCUGAAAUAAUCAACACCAAGUAUGCAGGACCUUGUUCAAAGUGCAGAUUUAUUGAUUUAUUUGGUUAAAAGUGCAUCAGCCCAGAUUUGAGGGGUCUAAAGUCUGCAUCUUAGAUCCAGCUGAAACCUGUACUAGUGUUUGUUCAUCUGUCAGUUUACAGCUCACAGUCACAGAAGCAUCUGUUUUCUCUUCACAGCCAAACACUGCUGAUCCCAGUGGUCCGGUCGCCAUGCCAACUGCUGCGAUCCUCACGGUAACCAGGAGUCCUCGGAGGAGCUGAGGUGUAUUUACGUCCUUGGUAGUACAGAGGAUCCAAUAGGAGGCAGAGAUGCUCGUCUGGUGGAUUCUCCUGCUUGUUUCCAUGUCUCUGGUGACGGAUGGACUUGUUGCUGGAUGUGUUUGUCCAGCUGCCACCGUUUUGUCCCAGUUUCCCUCCAAGGUUCCUGCUGAUGUCUGUUGCCUGAACUUCUCCGGCUCUGCCUUCAGCCAUGUGCGCUGGUCUGUGUUUACCAAUGAAACCAGCGUGGAGACUCUGGACCUCUCCAACUGUAACAUCAGCUCCGUCGACAGAAACCACAAAGAGACGUCCUCACUGCAGAAAGUUUUACUGGGUCAGAAUAGAUUAACUGAGCUGCCCAGAGAGUUUCUGGCCAACCAGACCGGCCUGGUGGAGGUGGAUCUGAGCCGGAAUCUGCUGGAGGAGCUUCCUGAAGGCUUCCUCCAGGACUCUGAAGGCCUCCAGAAGCUGAACCUGCAGGGGAACCGGCUGCGCUUCCUCCCUGGUUCUAUCCUGCAGAAGCCCAGACUCCAGAGGCUGGAGCUAGAUGGGAACUACUGGGAUUGUUCCUGUUUGCUACUGGGAGGCCUGGAGGCGGGCGAGAAGGCCAACAGGACCACCAGGCUGCAGGAUCUGGUGGAGAACCUGACCUGCUCCUCUCCCAGACACCUGGCCGGCAGGACCGUGUGGUCGGUGAGGCUCAGCGACGUUUGCCGCCCGGCCGGCCUCACGGCGCUCUUCAUCAUCCUCCCCCUCCUCAUCCUCUCCGCCUUGCUGCUCUGCUGGUGCUGUGGGAGGAAGAGGAAGAAGAAAGAAGCUCCCGUGUUCAACAUCUCGAAGAAAAGGGCUCCCAGCUCCAGCUGCAACGGACAGAAACAUCCCCGCAACAAGCAGCAGCCGUCGGUUACUGAGCCGAGCAAAGACAAAGAGGGAGUCCUGAAGAACCAGCUGCUGCUUCAUCCGGCCUCCACCCUGCUGGGCAGCACCAGGGACAUCUAUGAAGAAGUGGAGAUCAAACUGGGAUCAGUGGAGUCUCUUCCCAGAGUCUCCUCACGCUGUUCCAGCUCCCAGGAGCCCGACGGGGCCAGUAAGACGGAGCUGGACACCGUCAGCGUGACGGAAGUGAUGAAAGACUCAGCAGACAGAGAGAAAGCUUACAUGACUCAGUCCACCGAGUACUACAGCCUGGUACCGGGGAUGGAACUGGAGGACUCGGACCACGGAGACUACGAGAACGUCCACCUGUCGUGACCUGUCGUCAUCUCAGAGGAAUGGUUCAACAGUUUGGGAAUUCUGUUUUUGUUUUAUUGGCGAGAAAUCAAUAGCACUCGUGUAAAACCAUCAUGAUGACUGAGGAAGUCUUAAAACUCUCUUCCAGAGAAGCUGCAGGUUUCUGUCUUUGUGUUUUUGUCUGUACACAAGAACCCCACAGUCCUGUUUGAUUCAGCCAUUGAUCUGCUUUAAUGUAACCCUCCUGUUGUCCUCAUUUACGGGCACCAAAAAAUAUUGUUUCUUUGUCUGAAAAAAAAUUCAGCAAAAAAAUUCCCCAAAUUUCUAAAAAUUUCCAAAACCUUCAGGAAGAAAAUUCCAAUAAUUCAGUAAAAGUUUCCCUUAAAAAAAUUUAUUUUUAAAAAAUCCCUCAAAUUUGGCAAGAAAAUUCUUGUAAAUAUUUUCAAAAAAUGAGUAAAAAUCUUCCCAAAAAAUCCUAAAAAUAUCUAAAAUGGUGUCAUAUAUAUCAGUAAAACUUCUAAUAUUUUCUUUAAGAACAUUCACAUAAAAAUCAACCAAAAUCCAGCGAAAUUCACUGGAUUUUGGUUGAUUUUUUUGUGUGAAUGUUCUUGAAGGAACAUUAACAUUUCUUUUUUCCACCAAAAAAUGUUCAAAGAUUUCCCAAAAAUGUUGAAAAUGUGGACAUGAGAAGUUUCACUGUGAAAAUAUAUUUUUUUCCCGCAUUUUCAAACUUUAAAACAGGUCAAUUUUGACCUGUAGGACGACAUGAGGGUUAAAUGUUAUAAACACAGUAGAAUGGUGGGGUUUUUGUACUUCGGCUACGAUUGCUUCCUUUUUACACAGAAAUAUUUGCUGUCAUGAAGAGUUUUUUGGUGUCCAGAAGCCAGAGGGAUGUUAGUCAAGCUUGGGAUAAAGAGGAACAGAUAGCUAGAUUCUGCAUUAGGACUAAAGCUAACACAGAAAAAGUAAAAAAUCAAACAGAUUUUUUUUUUAUACAUUACAAUACGAUUUUAGUGGACAUUAUAGUUUUUAUUUUCCUUUUUUGUAAUUGAUAACUGGUGAGAAUCUUUAUUUAGGAUAUCCAUACCAGCCAAACAACAGUUAAAUAUCUCUGAUUCAGUUUGGACCAGUCAAAAUAACAGAUAUCCCAAAUAUCAUUGAGACUAGUCUGAAUUGUGCAUGAUGCAGACGUGGGUUUUUCUUUUGGAUAUUGGCCCAGUGAAGCAUCUGAACAGUGUUAGCAGAUGUUAUGGUGACUACUGUGGGUGAUAAGAUUGUUAGAAAAUGCCGUGAAAUUAGAAGAACUAAUCAGCGAAGAGUUUGUGGAGAACGAGAGAUUUGAUCAUCAAAGAUUUGUGGUGGAAACUUAGUAGAACUUCAGCUUCAGGCUGCUUUGACUUGGUGACAAACGGCUGUCAUCUGCAGAUGCAGUUCCAGCACCAUAGUUUGUUUGAAAAGCACGUUGCUCCUGCCUUUAUUAACACUUGCUGUAGCUCAUUUUAUAAGUACAGAAACCUUCAGUGUUGUUUCACCAAAUUAAAAUUCUAAUUCAAGGUAUCUGUAAUGACAUUCUGCAUAUCUGCAAUAUGCAUCCAGUCUAGCUUUUACAUGGUGAAGUGGAUCACAAAAGGCAGAACAUUAACGUGAAUAUUGGCCUUUGGGUGCGUCGGUAGAAGUCGUGACCCUUCGUUUUCUAAAAGGUCAGCACUGUUAUGAUGACUUGCUUUUGACGAAUAGCAUGACUUAGUGUGUCUAAAUUCACAAAAUGUUGGCUGAUUUUUAACCUUGGACCAAGCCAGGCUACCGGUUCCCAUUUCUUCUUAUCUUUAUGCUAAGCUAACCUCCUCUUGGCUCCAGCUGCGUAUUUAAAGUACAACCAUGAGACCUCUAUCAGUCUAUUUCUGGGCAGAAAACGACAAAGUGCAUUUCCCAAAAUGUCCAAAAUGUUGUUUUUGUGCACCAAAGAGAGACAGUUUGAAAACGCAGGUUAUCUCCUGACAGACGGUGCUGCCUGACCUCUGUAGCAUCCCAAUGUAAGAGGAAGUGAUUCAAUCCGAGGCUUUUCCUUCGGGACCUGAGGAACGCAGUGAGGGUUUGAAAGGGAAGCCAGCUUUUCUCUCUCUGGAAAAAAAAAGCAAAAACACAAACACAUUUGUUCUAUUUAAUGCUGAACAAAAGACAGGACAUAUUUUUAAUUGAUAUGAAGUGAUGCAGGUCUUUGUAUGUCCAUUUCUUUACCUCACCCAUGUGUAAUUGUUAAAAGCAUUCCAGUCGGACUUGUUGCUCAUUACGCUGCAUUCACAAUGUUUCCUAAUGAAGCUGCACAACCAGAAAUAUAGGUGCUGAACAGUGACUAAUCCCACCGCAAUGCUCACACUUAAUUCAAAGUGAAAUGUGGAAUGUACUGCUCCGAUGAGAAGUCUAAAUCUGUCAUUGAUUGUUUAUGAAGGAUGAAAACACCAAAAUGUGCACAUCGGUUGGAAAGUGCCGGGUCUAAAUGCUGGUUUAAGAUAAAAAUCUCAGUAAAACGGGAGAGGAGACCUGCACAAAAGACAACGCUGUCAUUGUAAAGGCGCAGACACUCGAUUGUUAUCUAAGAUGUGGAAAACAGACGGACGAAUCACACCCACACUGCUGGCUUCCAGAGCUAAUUGGUUUGUGAGAGACGAGGGUGCAGCGAAGGGUGUGGAGCUUCCUGGAAUUGAAAAAACUGAGGUGUAUUUUCCAGACGGGUUUCUCACAGAUUUCCCACCGCAGCUUUAUUUAUCAACAAUGUAAGGAUCACUGCUUUCCAAAUGCCACAAGCUCCUCAGCCAAAAGACAAACAAACAAAUGUGUGAAUGUUGCAUUUUGUACAGAAAAAUGGCUUUUAGUUGUAAAUAUGGUAUUUUUUGGUUAAUUUUAGCAACCGGGGGGAAAGAAUACUCCAGAAUUGUUGUUUCUAUUCCUUCCAUUCCUUAUAAUGGCCUUACUGUAAUGGUUCACAAAAUCAGACUGGUAUUUCCUUAUUUCUGUUUGAUUUUCUAGGUCUUGCUGGCUGAAAUGACAACUUCCUGGCAGAUAUUAUUUGAGUGGCAGCCAGCAAAUUAUGUUGUCUUUGGUGAAAACACAUCAACAAAUGAUUUUUUAAUGUUUCCUGCUGUUGUUUUAACCUUCCUGUUGUCUUCAUUUACAGGCACCAAAAAAUAUUGUUUCCUUGUCUGAAAAAACUCCAAAAAUUCUGCAAAAAAAUUCCCCAAAUUUCAGAAAAUUUGCAAAACCCUCGGGAAGAAAAUUCCAAUAAUUCCUUAAAAGUUUCCCUUAAAGGUUAUAAAUUAGGCAAGAAAGUUCUUGUAAAUAUUUUCCAAAAAAUGAGUAAAGAUCUUCCAAAACAAUCCUAAAAAUAUCUAAAGUGAUUCCAUAUAUAUCAGUAAAACUUCUAAUAUUUUCUUUAAGAACAUUCACAUAAAAAUCAACCAAAAUCCAGUGAAAAAAUGUUGAAAAUGUGGACAUCAGAAGUUUCACUGUGAAUUUUUUUUUUCCCCACAUUUUCAAACUUUAAAACGGGUCAAUUUUGACGAGGAAGGUUUUUACUCAUUUUUUGAAAAUAUUUCCAAGAAUUUUCUUGCCAAAUUUGGGGGAUCUUUUAAAAAUAAAACUUUUAAGGAAUUAUUGGAAUUUUCUUCCUGAAAGUUUUGCAAAUUUUCAGAAAUUUGGGGAUUUUUUUGCUGAAUUUUUGGAUUUUUUCAGACAAGGAAACAAUAUUCUUUGGUGCCCAUAAAUGAGGACAACAGGAAGGUUAAAACCUUACACAUUGCGGCUAUUUAAAAACCUUCUUCAGUCUUUAUUAGACUCUGUGUAUUUCUAUUCGACCACUUUUCGGCCAACAAAAUAGGAAGUUCAGUCUCCUUGAAGUUCAAAAACGGGUUUGAAGCAGCAUUUAGACAUUCAUGUUGGAAAAUAAACUUCACCAAAAGAACACCAACUGAACAAGAUGCAAAAAUUAUAAACAUUCAUGACUACUUUUAUUUGGGUAAAAUUGGGUCAUGUGAACUGUUUGAUGGCACAGUUUCUUCCUCUAAAUGCUAAAAACUACAUUAUUAAUGAUUCUUUGGCAACUAAAUGGUAAUACUGACAUCAUAUACAAUAAAAGCACUGAUUUUUGUCCUGAUGUUUAAACUGGAUGCACUACUUUGAUUGUUUUGUAUGCAAAAGAUUGUUGUAAAGAAAAUAAACCCUUUUUGAAACAGA